AUGGACCUGAGUCAACGUCUGCAGGCUCUAGUUGCUUUGGAUGUCGAUUCAAUAAAGCUGUUGCAAGCAGAAUUGGAUGAUGGAUCUGACCCUGUCUUGCGAGAAAUUGCUGCCAAAGAAUUCGCCUCUCGUUGGGAAGCAAUGAGGUCGUUGGAGAAUCAGAUUAUGGAACUACUGCUGCCACCCGACCCAACAGCAAAAUGCAACUCAGUGCGCCUGCAGCUGAUAGCUGGGGCUGGGGGUUUGGAGGCAGCAAUGUUCGCUCGUGACCUCUUCGUCAUGUACGAAGCUUAUGCCUACCACCGUGGUUGGCGUCUUGCAUCUAUUACUGACCUCGGAGCGAGGGAGUCUGCCGUUGGUGCAGACAGUCCGAUCCACCAUGUGGAAGUUCGUGUGGAGUCGUCCAGCCCCAUAGAUCCCCUGUAUCCUUAUCUCCGAUGGGAAGCUGGUGUACACCGUGUUCAGCGUGUACCACUUACUAGCAAACUAAACAAGAUCCACACCAGCACUGUCGCUGUUACCAUACUCCCGGUGGAAGUGGAGUUGGAUCCGGAGGACUUGGAGUGGGAGGUGUUCCGUGCUUCCGGUGCUGGGGGCCAACACGUGAACAAGACGGAGAGCGCAGUACGUGUGCGUCAUAGGCCCACGGGGCACGUCGCUGCCUGUCAAGCUGAUCGCUCUCAGCAUGCCAACCGGGGAAAAGCCCUUCAGUUACUCAGAGCCAAGCUUGCAAACGAAGUGGCUAGACGGCAGGUGGAGACUGAAUUGGUCGAAAAGCGUUCUCAAAUAGGCUCUCUGGCUCGAUCGGAUCGCAUUCGCACUUAA